UGAGAUAGAGUCAUAGAGAGCAGAAAGACAGAGAGAGAUAGGAGGAGAGGAUAGAGAGAGAAAGUAGAGAGAGAAGGGCAGAGUACUGGAGGAGCAAAAACACACGGUCUGUGUGUGUGAGAGAGAUAGAGAGAGAUCUUUGAAAGCAAUUUCUUUGCGGAAGAUGUUUGAUUCGAAUCGGGUUUUUUUCACCGGCGACAACUCUGAAUCUGCAAAUUCCGGCGAAUUGCGUUCUAACACCUGAGUUUUGUUGAUUUUAUGAGAAAAUUAUCAUGGACAGAAAUAGAGAGGCUAGAAGAGCUAAUAUUGCUGCCACAAAUGGUUUGUCGAGACGAAGACACAGAAGCAACAGUCUGAGAGAUUCACCAGAGGAAGAUGGACUGGUGGAGUUACCGGAGCCGGCGCUCCGGUUACGAGAGCGAGGAGUAAGGAAAGAUCGAGAUCGGGAUCGAGAUCGAGAUCGAGACAGGUUGAGUCGGAGCAAGAGGCGGAGAGGUGAUAGAUUGAUGCAUGGGAGUAAUAGAGAGGACGGCGGAGAGGACAGUACGGAGGAGAGUGUGAACGAUGAAGAUGAGUUGGAGGAUGAUGAGUUGAGUGCGCUGCCACCCAAUCCGGCGGUGUUGAUGACGUCGUCGUCGACGCUGAAUCAUCACCACCGGAAGAGCUUCCCACCGGUUGCUAAACUUCCGAGACCUGCGUCGGCGUGGAAAGCAGCUGACGAAAUGAUCGGUGUGUCGGUACCGAGGAAAGCUCGGUCAGCGUCAACGAAGAGGUCACAUGAAUGCUGGGUUUCAGGUAGUGGAGUUGUAGGAGAUACAAUUUACCGGCAAACUUCGACUUCUCCGUUGAGACCAAGCCUUGCAUCGACGUCUACCCCUUAUCCGGCUCCAGCAUCUCCGUCUUCUUCCAAUGCUUCAGCUCGGAAGAAAAUGAAGCCCAAUGGAUCCAAGCCGAGACCGCCAAAAUCUACAUCGAAGUCAUCUUCUUCGAACCCGGAGGAGCUGGAGAUAGAGAUUGCUGAGGUAUUGUAUGGACUGAUGACACAGUCGCAGGGACCUUCUAAGAAAGAAACUGUGGCUAACAAUUCCGCCAAGUUCGAUUCGAGAGAGACAAACAAAUCAAGUAGCGAUGCAAAGUCAAGAGUUUCAUCUCCGAUAUCAAACUCGCCGUCAACGGCAGCUCAGUCAUCUGCGAUGUUAGCGCAGAAUUCUAGCUCCCCAGCAGCUCCUUUAUCGGCUGUUGCUCCAAAGAGGAAAAGACCCCGGCAAGUGUCUGACAAUCUGGGUAAUCUUGGUGUUCGGAACAAUAUGAGUUCGACGACAAAGGUGGAGAUGGAUCAGCCACCGAAGGCCGAAAUUUCGUCUCCCAAUUUGGAGAAAACCUCAGGAUCUGCAGCUGAAAAUGGCGGUGUUCCAUACGAUUUGUCUAAAUCUGAAACUGUUACGCCGUCGCCGGAACCACCGCCGGAGUUGAGUAAGCCGGAGAGCAGUGCCUUCUCGCAAUCAAAGCCUUUGAUGGAAACUGUAGGCGAAACCAGAAGAGAUGUGGUUGCAACCAAGGAGGAGGUCACCUCACCGAAGAAAGAAUCUCCUGCGACGAGAGCAGACAAUGAUGGUGAGGACGUGACAGCGACCAAAGCAGCCAACGAGAUUGAGAGCCAACGAGAGGAGAAGUUUCAGAUAGAUCUGAUGGCACCACCUCCUCAAUUAAGAUCAUCACCGGAAAGGGAAGGCCAGAUCGAUUUAGUUGCUAAAGAAGCGGAUCGUAAAGGAAUGGCAUCCCGUGCUGAUGCAGAGACGAGACACAUUACCGUGGACAAGGACUACGGCGAUGCUGUAAAAAAUGGCAAGGACAGUGCGGUGAAUGUAGAACCUGAGGAGAAAAAAGCCAAAACAAUGGUGGAAGACGCUGAAUCACAUAAGCCAGUUGUUAACAAGGAGAGGAAAAUUGAUCUUCAAUUUGAUUUAGAAAAGCCUGAUAGAGAUAGUGACGGUGUGGGUAGUGCAAUUGGCAACAAUGUACACCAACAUUUUCCGAAACAGCAACAGCUGCAACCACUAAAAUCUGCAAAGGAAGAAGAGCCACACGCAGAGAAAAUUGCUCAAUCCAGACCUUUGCCCUUGCCGAUGUCUAUGGCAAGCUGGCCCGGUGGGCUUCCUCCAGUGGGCAGAUAUAUGGCACCUUUUCAAGGAGUUGUAUCCAUGGAUGGGAGCACCGUAUCUUCUACGCCUCUACAGUUUAAAAGGUGUGCAACACAUUGCUACAUUGCUCGGAAUAUUCACAAUCUCCAACAACUGAUGAAGAUGAAUCCUUUCUGGCCUGCUGCUGCUGCUGGUUCUGCAUCUUUGUUUGGAGCUGCUAAGCCCAGCAAUCUCAAUGUUGUUCCCCCUGUAGAAUUGCAUGGAAACGUUGCUGGGAGAAGUGUUAACUCUUUGCAGGACAAAGGGCAGGGUCUUGGUAUUUUCCCUGGUCCUACUGGGAAAGACAAAGGCUCUCAAGCUGGCAACAUUGCAGAUGCCGCACAGAGAAAGCCACAGAUUUUGCUCCAUCAGGCUUUGCCCCCUGGUGUCCCUCCUAAUAAUAUACUGCAUGGACCUGCUUUCAUCUUCCCCCUGAGUCAGCAGCAUGCAGCAACUGCAGCUGUGUCUGCUCGACCUGGGUCUAUGAAGUCUCCAACCACAGCAGGCGGUAUAUCUUCAUCUAAUGCAUCAUCUAGUUCUGCUUCAGUGAGUGCCUCAGCAACGGCGGCCACCACUGCUGCUGCAGUGAGUUUCAACUACCCAAAUAUGACAACCAAUGAUACCCAGUACUUGGCGAUAUUGCAGAACAAUGGAUACCCGUUUCCAAUUCCUGCCGUGGCAGCACCACCCACUUAUAGAGGAAGCCAUCCUCAGGCAAUGCCCUACUUCAAUGGGUCUUUCUAUUCUUCUCAGAUGAUUCAUCCAUCGCAGCUUCAGCACCAGCAACAACCACCUUCUCAGCCACAGCUAAUGCAACAAGGGCAUCAAAACAACAGCAUUUCCAGUGCCUCCUCGUCCCAGAAGCAUAUGCAGAGCCAGCAGCAGAGGCCUCAAAGCAGUAGCACCAAUGGUGGGAGUGGAAAUGGAAACUUGAAUAGUUUUCCUGCCCCAAAAAGCAGGCCAUCUCAGCAGCAGCAGUCAAAUCAGCAAAUUACACAUUCACAUCAAGCACGCCAGCUUGAAACUGAGGUGGGUGGCGAAGAUAGCCCUUCAACAGCUGAUAGUCGAGUUUCUCGUGCCCCAAUGAAUGUAUAUGGUCAGAAUUUUGCAAUGCCCAUUCACCCCCAGAACUUUGCUUUGUUGACGACCCCUCCUUCAGUAUUAGCUGGUACAAGUGUCAGUGCUGGUGGCAAUCAAAAUGAAAAGAAACAGCAACAAUCACAACAGCAAGGCUUGAAGGCCGGAGUUGAAGCGCUGCCGCCCCAAACUUUUGCCAUGUCAUUUGCUUCUAUCAAUAGUGCUACUACAGCUCCUGGUAUUGACAUUUCAUCCAUUGCGCAGAGUCAUGCAUUUAUCCAGAGCCUCCCUGAGGCCACCAGACAACAUGGCUAUCAGCUUAUGGCAGCAGCAGUAGCGCAGCAGAAGAAUUUCCAAGUCUCUGAAGAAGGUAAAACUGGAGGUGGUGAUUCCUCUAAUAAUGGGGAUGACGAGAAAAAAGGCUUAGCUGGGAAAGCUCCAGCAACUAUCGGGCAGCAGUCAAUUGCUUUCUCAAGAUCAGAAUUAACAGAUGUAUCUGUUUCAUCUAUCUCAGGCAACACAGUCAUUGAUAGCUCUGCUCGAACUCUACACAUUCCAUCUACUUCUGGCCGAACUUCUCGUUCUCCUUUACCGAGUGCAAUGGGCACUGUAAGUACUCCUAAUUCUCAGCUGCAAGCUCAACUGCAACAUCAGCAACAGAUGAUUCAGCUUCAAAAGCAGCAGCAGCAGCAGCAGCACCAGCAGCAACAACAGCAGCAGCAGCAGCAGCAGCAGCAGCAACAUCAUAUGGCAGCUGCAGCAGCUCGGAGUAAGACACCGGUCACUAGUAAUGGCAGUGUAUACUCUGAUCGCUUAACUUCGUCUUCAAUGACUGCCAAGUUCCAAAAUGUGCUCUCCCCUUUUCCACAAAGCAUUGUCCAAAGCAGUGGCAGCAGUCCGGCUCAGUCGCCGCAAUGGAAAAACUCUGUCAAAACCACGACCUCCCAAGUUCCAUCAUCACUGGCUUCAUCAACCCCAUCAUCCCUCAAAAGCAUUUCCCAACAGCAGGCGAGAUCCCAGCAAAGUCAUACACAGAUAUCUUUCGGCACUAACCCCAAAUCAUCGGCUGCAUCACAAGGGCAACAGGCUCUCAAUAGUAAUCAGUCCCCAUCUCCUCCAGUGGUUGGCUCUCCAACAACUUCUUCGAUCUCCAAAGGUGCUAGUGGAAGCCCAAGGACGACGACUUCCACUUCCACAGGCAUCAAAGCUGCCCAACCUUCUACAUUGUCGUCUCAACAAACCAAGAACUCGCCAUCUGGAGCCAGCCAGAAGUCUUCUCCAGUUGGUGGAAAGAAUGUUCCUUCAAUUCUUGGCAACCCUCAUAUUACCUCUUCUUCAAACUCUGGAACUAAGCCUCAAAUGAUGCAGCAACAACAACAGCAGCAGCAGUUACCAAAGGCAUUGCAGCAGCAACAGCUUUUCUUCUCUACUGCUUUCAUGCAAGCCCAAGGUCCUCAUUCUACCAGCUCGAGUUCUGCCGCUUCAGGACCUAAUGCUUAUUAUCUUCAAAGACGGCGUCCCGAUCAGCCACAGGGUUCAUCUGCUACGUCUUCAACUGGGAUGUUGUCUUUGUGCCCUCCAGUCACUCUAGGUACUUCUGACCCAGCAAAAGCAGUCGUUGCUGCUGCUGCUAGCAAUAUGAAAGGGGGCGGCUUACCCUCGCAGGGUAUUCUCCAUACAGCCCAGUUUGCAGGACAGUCCUCCGGGAACCCACAUCAGCUUGCAGGCUUCCCAUAUGUUCACUCUGUUCCGGCCGCAGUUCAGGUGAAAUCAGCGGAGCAGAAACAACCAGCUGGAAAUGAUAAUUUGCAUGCAUGCUGGCAGCCUGAGAAGAAAUGAAGCAUGGCAAUGAGUCAAUGUUGACAUUAUUCCGCAUUUGAUGUGCGCGUUCAAACCUGCAAGAGCUUCUCGGAACGAUGGGACACAAACAGGCUGAACUCUUGGAAUGAACAACCCACAAUUUUGGAAAGAAGUUGAAUAUAGUGGGGUGAAAGAUGGUCCUCCAUAGAAUUUUAUUGGAUUGUGAAUGAAUUGAAUUGUAUCUAUGUGAACUUGUGUCUAUAAUCUGACAGGGUUGAUGGUGAAUUCUCUAAUUAAUCCGGUUGGUUUCUGAUGAUGAGAGGUUGGGCUAUGGAAAGAAAAGUGAAAAUUCAUUUAUGUUAUUUGUAUGGAAAAGAGGGAAGUUGAUAAAGGAAAUUGGGAAAGCAGACGAAUGAAAGACAAAUUUCUUCCUUUUUUGGGGCGUAAAUGGAGGUUUCUUUUCUACUUUGCUAAUCUUUUUGUUUCCCUUUUUCUGAAGGUUUAAUCCUCUGAAAGAUCAGUUGAAAACAGUAUCUUUCCUCUUAUAUAUGUGUGGUGAGGGUGUACAUGGAUAUGUCUGGCACAUAUGAAAUUAACCUCUAAAUUUUUUUAUUUA